GCUUCCUCUGCUCUGUUCGCGCGCUGACAGCCGGAGAAGACAACAUGGAGGUAGAAAUGAGCGAGACAGAAAACAACCAGAAACCGGCUGGUAGUGAGCUGAAGACGGACACGGAGGCCGGGGCCUCCUCAUCCAAAGGCCCCGGCGGCUCCUACGAGCUUCCCUGGGUGGAGAAAUACCGGCCGGUGAAGCUGAACGAGAUCGUUGGGAACGAGGAGACGGUGAGCCGCCUGGAGGUGUUCGCCAGGGAGGGGAACGUCCCGAACAUCAUCAUCGCAGGACCUCCAGGGACGGGAAAGACCACCAGCAUCCUGUGUUUGGCUCGAGCUCUGCUGGGAGCCGCCAUGAAAGACGCCGUCCUAGAGCUGAACGCCUCAAACGACAGGGGGAUCGACGUGGUGAGGAACAAGAUCAAGAUGUUUGCUCAGCAGAAGGUCACGCUGCCCAAAGGGCGACACAAGAUCAUCAUCCUGGACGAGGCGGACAGCAUGACAGACGGAGCUCAGCAGGCGCUGAGGAGGAUCAUGGAGAUCUACUCCAAGACGACGCGCUUCGCUCUGGCGUGCAACGCCUCCGAUAAAAUCAUCGAGCCGAUCCAGUCCCGCUGCGCCGUGCUGCGCUACUCCAAGCUGACGGACGGACAGAUUCUGGCCCGGCUGCAGGAGGUGGUGGAGAAGGAGCGCCUGGCGGUGUCCGACGACGGGCUGGAGGCCGUCAUCUUCACGGCACAGGGGGACAUGAGACAGGCGCUGAACAACCUGCAGUCCACCAACUCUGGGUUCGGCUACAUCAACAGCGAGAACGUCUUCAAGGUGUGCGACGAGCCCCACCCCCUGCUGGUGAAAAGCAUGCUGGGACACUGCGUGGAGGGGAACAUCGACGCGGCCUACCAGGUGGUGGAGCAGCUGUGGGCGCUGGGCUACUCCCCAGAGGACAUCAUCGGGAACAUCUUCAGGGUCUGCAAGACCUACCAGAUGGCAGAGUUCCUCAAACUGGAGUUCAUCAAGGAGAUCGGCUUCACUCACAUGCGGGUCGCUGAAGGCGUUAACUCCCUGCUGCAGAUGGCCGGCCUGCUGGGGCGGCUCUGCAGUAAGACGGCACCCCCUGCUGCCAGCUGAACCGCCGUGGUUCUGAUGCCUCAGAGCCGCCGCGGACCCUCAGACUGAGCUCACCUGUUUGGUUGGAUCUACAGAACCACCUGGAAGGUUCUCCACCUUCUGUAAACUGGACCUUCAGAUGUUCUGCUGAUAAACAUUCUUUAACCACAGGGUUCAGAACCAUGACGUUUCCUCACAUCAAUUAGUUUGAUUAUUUUCUCUCUAAAGCUUCAGAAUAAAAUGACAUUUCAGAAGCUG